UCAAGAGAUGGCAGAAUGAAUUGCCUGAGCAAAAUAAGGCACGAUGCCAGGAUGCAAGAGGAAUUGAACCCCAGUAAGUGUCAAUGAUCUUUGGGGAAAAGACAAUUCCUGGCUCAUAUUAGAGCAGUGCCACCUCUCAUCGGGAUGUGGGGAGGCCUUUAUUUAGUUCUUCUUGGGUGCCCGUUGCUGUAAGGAUGCCGAUUGGGGUGGUCGUCCUUGCUUAUCCCCCUUGUCAUCAUUGCCGUCUCGCUUUCUCCGCCUCCUCUCCCGAACCACAGCAGAGAAGCAGAUCCAGGCCUCCUUCGGUGGGCUCUCGGCUGAAGAAGCAAGACAUCACCGUGGCGCUCGGAUGCUCUCCAGGAACUUGGCUGUUCUAGGAAUGCAUUUCCUGACUGCUCGAGGACGGAGCUCGCCCUGAAAAGGAACCAUGUCGAUUGGCGGCGUGGAGGAUGACAUCCCGCAGGGAGAGAGGAAGACCGUCACGGACUUUUGUUACCUGCUGGAUAAAUCCAAACAGCUUUUCAACGGCUUGAGAGACUUACCUCAAUAUGGGCAGAAGCAGUGGCAGUGCUAUUUCGGGCGAACCUUCGACGUUUACACCAAGCUCUGGAAGUUCCAGCAGCAGCACCGGCAAGUUUUGGACAAUCGGUACGGCCUGAAGCGCUGGCAGAUUGGCGAAAUCGCCUCCAAGAUCGGGCAGCUCUACUACCACUACUACCUUCGCACGUCGGAAACCAGCUACCUGAAUGAAGCCUUCUCCUUCUACUCUGCCAUCCGGCAGCGGUCUUACUACUCUCAAGUCAACAAAGAAGACAGGUCAGGCCAUGCCUCAGUCUUGCCUGAAUUGGUAGUGAAGAAACUCCGAUAUUACGCACGGUUCAUAGUGGUGUGUCUUUUACUCAACAAAAUGGAUGUCGUGAAGGAGCUUGUCAAGGAAUUGUCAGAUGAGAUUGAGGACUACACUCACCGCUUCAACACGGAAGACCAAGUGGAAUGGAACCUGGUUCUCCAAGAAGUGGCAGCAUUCAUUGACGCGGAUCCCGUGAUGGUCUUGAACGAUGACAACACCCUGGUGAUCCUCUCCAACCGCCUCUCGGACACAGGAGCUCCGCUGCUGGAGCAGGGCAUGAUCGUGGGGCAGUUGGCCCUGGCGGAUGCCCUGAUCAUUGGCAACUGCAACAACCAGGUGAAGUUCAGCGAACUGACAAUCGAUAUGUUCCGGAUGCUUCAAGCCUUGGAGAGGGAACCGAUGAACUUGGCUUCGCAAAUGAACAAGCCCGGGUUGCAGGAGACAACUGAAAAGCCGGCAAGAAGAGAGAACCCUCACAAAUACUUGCUCUACAAGCCAACCUUCAGCCAGCUAUAUACUUUUUUGGCUGCGUCAUUUAAGGAGCUGCCUGCCAACAGUGUCCUGUUGAUCUACCUGUCUGCCACCGGCGUGUUCCCAUCAGGUCGUUCGGAUAGUGAAGGACCCUAUGAUUUUGGAGGCGUCCUGACCAACAGCAACCGGGACGUUAUCAAUGGGGACGGCAUCCACAAGCGGAACCAGUCCUACAAGGAGAUGCACUGCCUCCACCCGGGAGAUCUCUACCCGUUCACAAGGAAGCCUCUCUUUAUCAUCGUGGACUCCUCCAAUAGCGUUGCCUACAAGAACUUCACAAACCUAUUUGGACAGCCGCUGGUGUGCCUCCUGUCUCCCACCACCUACCCAAAAGCGUUGCAAGAUCAGUCGCAGCGAGGCAGCCUCUUCACCUUCUUCCUCAACAACCCUCUAAUGGCAUUCCUGUUUGUCUCCGGACUAUCAAGCAUGCGCAAAGGACUUUGGGACAAAUGUCACGAUUACCUUCGCAAAAUCAACCGGGACAUUGCGCAGUUGCUCACUCAUUCCCGUUCCAUAGAUCAGGCAUUUCUCCAGUUUUUUGGGGACGAAUUCCUUCGCUUGCUCCUCACAAGAUUCAUCUUCUGCUCCGCCACCUUGAGGAUGCACAAACUCUUUCGGCAGGAAACGAGGAAUUACCCGGAGUCCUAUCCCCAACUGCCAAGGGACGAGACCGUGGAGAAUCCGCACCUCCAGAAGCACAUUUUGGAGCUGGCAUCCAUGCUGGACGUCCGAAACGUAUUCCUGGAAACCACGCUUGACGAUUAUUGAAACCGAAAAACCGCACCCGGGAUUUCUUAACGGCGCGGGUCUUUUUCCCGGCCGCGGAAUUUUUGAAAUGGUGCCGUUUUUUUUCUAAUGUGAAGAUCCACAAAAAAAAAAUGAAAAAAAAAUUACUUGAUUUUUAUUUUUGAACUUGCAAUUAUUUUUUUAACAAAAAAAUACAAAAAAAGAAAUGGCUGUGGCAGCCGUUCCACUCUGCACGGGGUCACGUUUUAUAAAGGAGUCCCUUCUGCAUCUUUUGGAAAAAAAAAAUCUAGACUGACAGACGACAUCCCCUCGGGUCUUACUUUUUGGUUUCGUGGUUGAAGACAGCCAUGCGUCACAAUAUUUAAAUGCCGUCGGUCACUUUUAGCCCUUGCGUGUGUGGAAAUAACUUUAUUUUUGUACAAUUUUUAAUAACCUGGAAGCAAAAACAGCGGGAAAGACAAAAUGCCCACAAAGAUAACUCUUCCUUCCCGUCCCCAAAGAUUCUGGAUCCGAAAUGUGAACGGUUGGGACCACACGGCGCAAAAGCAGCGAUAGCAAUAAAAGAGCCUUUCAUGACAAUACCCUUGGCUCGGUCAAGAAGGAGGGCGGCUCGUUUCAAGGGGUGACGGAAAAUGUAAUAUUUCUUGUAAAUUCUUUAUUGAGGUGUAAAUCUACAUUGCAUGUUGGCUACAAAUGCAGGACUUCAAUCAUUCCUCCCUCUGAGCCUGAACCUAGAACCUGAUGACCAUCGUCCCCAAGAAGAACUUAAAUCUGACCACCCUCCAUCUCCAAGAAGAACCAGUCCUUGUCCCCAAGAAGAACCUAAAAUCUGACCACUCUUCUUCUCCAGGAAGAACCUAGAACCUGAUGUCCAUUGUCCCAAAGAAGAGCCUAAAAUCUGACCACCCUCUUUCUCCAAGAAGAACCUAGAACCUGAUGACCAUCGUCCCCAAGAAGAGCCUAAAAUCUGACCACCCUCCUUCUCCAAGAAGAACCUAGAACCUGAUGUCCAUCGUCCCCAAGAAGAACUUAAAUCUGACCAUCCUUCUUCUCCAAGAAAAACCUAGAACCUGAUGUCUUCGUCCCCAAGAAGAACCUAAAACCUGACCACCCUCCUUCUCCAAGAAGAACCUAGAAUCUGAUGUCCAUCGUCCCCAAGAAGAGCCUAAAAUCUGACCAACCUCCUUCUCCAAGAACCUAGAACCUGAUGUCCAUCGUCCCCAAGAAGAGCCUAAAAUCUGACCACCCUCCUUCUCCAAGAAGAACCUAGAACCUGAUGUCCAUCAUCCCCAAGAAGAGCCUAAAAUCUGACCACCCUCCUUCUCCAAGAAGAACCUAGAACCUGGCUGUCCUGCUUACCCAAGAAGAACCUAGAACUUAACCCUCCUUCCUCAAAAAGAAGCUACAUGACCACUCUUCUCCUUCUCCAAGAAGAACCUACAAUCCGAUGCUUAUCUUCCUCAAGAAAAAUCUACAAUCUCACCAUCUUCUUCCUCCUUGAAGAAUCUAAAACUUGAUCAUCCUUUCCCCAUAGGAACCUAGAACCUGACUGCCCUCCUUCACCAAGAAGAACCAACGUGACCACUCUUCUCCUUCGCCAAGAACCUACAACCUGACAUCCAUCUUCCCCAAAAAGAAGCUAAAACUUGGCCUUCCUUCUCCAAGGAGAACCUAGAACCUGACCCUCUUCCUCAAGAAGAACCUACAACAUGACCACUCUUCUCCUUCUCCAAUAACCUACAAGCUGAUUUCCAUCUUCCCCAAGAAGAACCUGUAGUCUGACCAUCCCUCUCCAAGAAGAACCUAGAACCUGACUGCCCUCCUUCCCCAAGAAGACCUACAAGGGGAUAGUCCUCCAUCUCCAAGAACCUAGAACCUGACUUUCCUCCUUCCCCAAUAAGAACCUAUAAGUAGAUAGUCCUCCAUCUCCAAGAACCAAGAACCUGACCUUCCUCCUUCCCCAAGAAGAACCUACAAGUGGAUAGUCCUCCACCUCCAAGAACCUAGAACCUGACCUUCCUCCUUCCCCAAGUAGAGCCUACAGGUGGAUAGUCCUCCAUCUCCAAGAACCAAGAACCUGACCUUUCUCCUUCCCCAAGAAGACUUACAAGAGGAUAGUCCUCCAUCUCCAAGAACCAAGAACCUGACCUUUCUCCUUCCCCAAGAAGACCUACAAGAGGAUAGUCCUCUAUCUCCAAGAACCUAGAACCUGACCUUCCUCCUUCCCUAAGAAGAACCUACAAGUGGAUAGUCCUCCAUCUCCAAGAACCAAGAACCUGACCUUCCUUCUUUCCCAAGAAGACCUAUAAGCGGAUUGUUCUCCAUCUCAUAAAACCUAGAACCCGACCUUGCUUCUUCCCCAAGAAGAACCUACAAGUGGAUAGUCCUCCAUCUCCAAGAACCUAGAACCUGACCUUCUUUCUCCAAGAAGACCUACAAGCAGAUCAUUCUCCAUCUACCAACAACCUAGAACCCAACCUUCCUCCUUUCCAAAGAAGAACCUACAACCUACAUCCUCCUCCCAAGGAACUACGACUUGAUACUCCUCCUUCUUGAAGAAAAACCCAAACCUGACUGCCUGCCUUCUCCAAUGAGAACCUACAACUUGUCUUUCCCCAAGAAGAACUUACAACCUGACCAUCCUCCUUCUCCAAGAACUUAGACCUGACCAUCCUCCUUCUCCAAGAAGAUCCUACCAAUCUGAAACCCUCAAAACAACUCCUUCCUCCUCCACCCCAGUCAUCCCCCGGCUUUAGCAACCAUCCUGCCCUGGUAUGGGGGAAUACCAGCCUUUCUCUGUGUACAAACACAACAAGGAGCUGCUUUGAGCUGCCACGUUUGGACUGUGGAACAAUCUUUUCAUGACUCUUCCUUGUUUUGCGAUCGAUGGCACAUGUCCACACCUAUUGUGUGGUAAAAAAAAAAAAAAUCACUGCCUCAUCCCCGUGACUGAGCUACUCAGAAUAUACAAACCUUGUUACAGUUUGGGGAGGGGACUUAUCCCUUCCUUCACUGCCUGUUGAACUAUGAAUCCUUUCUGAUUUUGGAUAAGAAGCGGAGCAACGGAGAGUUGUUUUGUUGUCGUUGCGUUGGAGCUCCUUUGGCCUUCGUUCCCUUGCUGGAGCCUCCUAAAACACAAGCAAAACUGUGUAAAGUGUGUGGCCUGUUAUAGACUUAACGGAAGAGUUUUAGCAUCAAGAAAGCGAGAGCCGGACGGCCGUUCUCGAAACUCUCCCCGGCUUUGGAGGUCUGUCGCCAAAGCUACGUUUAAGCACAACCAUCUCGGAAGACCUCAAAAUUUGAAUUUGUUUUCAGCAACUAACACAGAACUAAUUCCCACCACUAAGGUUUUUAUUCCUGCAAGGUGCAGAGUGUUUUAUUUUUCGAAGGAAAAGGCGAAAUAUGAGGGAAGUUGGCGAGAUCGUACUGAAAGAUAAAGCGCCUUGGUGUGUUGCGGAUACGGAUACGGAGCCUGCAUAUUUUUCCUCCUUUUAGUAGUGAGCACACUCUGCAAUUGUGACGGUAAGACGUAUCCGAGAUGUUAGAAGGAAAAGGCAAUUCUUCGGAACGGAGAGUUGCGGGAGGGACACGUUUCCUCCUCUUGCAACUUUUCCGCGAGUCAAUAUUGUCGGUCGCCGACAAACCACUGCCCGGGAUGAAGCAUCUUGAGCCGAACAGAGUCGGAGAAAGAAGGGCAGCAUUUGGGAAUCAUCGCAAAGAGGUGCCUUAGGUCGGGCCUGAAGUGCAAUGAGGAGAUAGGUAUAUAUAUCCGGGCGUUUUAUCCAGAAGGCAAUCAGAAAGAAGGGCGUCUGUCUCGAUGGGACGAUGUUGUUCCUCGAGCGGCAAGGUUCGUUGUAAUCGGCACUGGUGCAUUUCUCUUCUGUGGUGCUUUGUUCUUUUCUAGCCUCCUUUUUUGCCAGGGGAAAAGCCCGGGCGAUCAGUGUACUACGUUGCACUCUGCCUGCCCAUCGAGCGGGAGAUGCUUCUUGUAAAUUGUGUAGAUAUGUAGAUAUGUAAAUAUAAAUAGGGUAACGUCGGAACCGUACGUCGUCUACAAAACAAAAGAUGCAUCGAGAGGCGCCGGGCAAAAUUCAUUCCACGCUGGGUGGCUUCGACUGUUGCUCAGGAUGUGAUUGCACAAGUGGGAUUUUUUAUUGUCUGGCCAUGUUGCAGAAGCAUUCUCUCCUGACUUUACGCCACAUCUAUGGCAGGCAGAGGUUGUCAGGUCUGUUGGAAACGAGGCAAGUAGGGCUUAUAUAAUAAUAAUAAUAAUAAUAAUAAUAAUAAUAAUAAUAAUAAUAAUAAUAAUAAUAUUAUUAUUAUUAUUAUUAUUUUGUAAAGCAAAGUGAAGAACCUGCUUUGAUUGAAGUCAAAAAUCAGAAACUCCUCAAAGCACAGCAGACAAAAAAACCAGUACAAGAAAACCGCACUACAAACUAGAGCUGACAGCUGGCACAACAAAACAUUGCAUGGAAAGUUCCUUGACAAAAUUGAAGGAAAAGCUGAUGUCGCCAUCCCUGUUGAUGAAAAACAACAGGAAAAACCCGGCUGCUACCAGGACCUCAAGAUUGAACUUCAAAGACUCUGGCAGAAACCGGUGCAGGUGGUCCCGGUGGUGAUGGGCACACUGGGUGCCGUUUCAAAAGAUCUCAGCCGGCAUUUGGAAACAAUAGACAUUGACAAAAUCAUGAUCUGCCAACUGCAAAAGGUAUCACAAAAUCACAAGUCGAACACUUCCCAAGUGUCUAGGUCUGUGUAAUGUAUUUUUGGAUGAUGCGUGCAGAUCCCAGCAGGGUGGCCUUUUGCAGUUAUUACUAUUAUUGUUGUUGUAUGACACAGCAAACAACAACAACAACAAUAACUGCAAAAGGCCACCCUGCUGGGAUCUUCACGCAUCAUCCAAAAAUAAAUUAUUAUUAUUAUUAUUAUUAUUAUUAUUAUUAUUAUUAUUAUUAUUAUUAUUAUUGGGAAUAUAAUUGGAAGAUUUCCCUAUCUUCCCCAAAUGAAUUAGAGAGUUGAGUAUGUUUCAAAACGUAAAACAAUUUGAUGUUUUCAUUUAGUCUGAGCUAAUGGUGAUCUCAUAUUAUAUUAUAUUAUAUUAUAUUAUAUUGUAUUGUAUUAUAUUAUAUUAUAUUAUAUUAUAUUAUAUUAUAUUAUAUUAUAUUACAGUAGAGUCUCACUUAUCCAACACUCACUUAUCCAACGUUCUGGAUUAUCCAACGCAUUUUUGUAGUCAAUGUUUUCAAUACAUCGUGAUAUUUUGGUGCUAAAUUCGUAAAUACAGUAAUUACUACAUAACAUUACUGCCUAUUGAACUACUUUUUCUGUCAAAUUUGUUGUAUAACAUGAUAUUUUGGUGCUUAAUUUGUAAAAUCAUCACCUAAUUUGAUGUGUAAUAGGCUUUUCCUUAAUCCCUCCUUAUUAUCCAAGAUAUUCGCUUAUCCAAAGUUCUGCCGGCCUGUUUAUGUUGGAUAAGUGAGACUCUAUAAUUAAUAAUAAUAAUAAUAAUAAUAAUAAUAAUAAUAAUAAUAAUAAUAAUAAUAAUAAUAUAAGUGAGACUCUACUGAAUAUUAUAUUAUAUUAUAUUAUAUUAUAUUAUAUUAUAUUAUAUUGGUAAUCUUCGGCAUUUGCUUGCCUCCAAUAGGUCUCACUUUGAAUACAUAUUUAAAAUGGGAAAACUGAUAUUUUGGGGGCUUUUGCCUCACAAAUGCCAAUAAUAAUAAUAAUACAUCAUACAUCAUACAUCACACAGUCCUAGACACUUGGGAAGUGUUUGACUUGUGAUUUUGUGAUAUGAAAUUCAGCAUAUCUAUCUUGUUUGCUGUGCCAUAUAAUAAUAAUAAUAAUAAUAAUAAUAAUAAUAAUAAUAAUAAUAAUACAUCACACAGUCCUAGACACUUGGGAAGUGUUUGACUUGUGAUUUUGUGAUACGAAAUCCAGCAUAUCUAUCUUGUUUGCUGUGCCAUAUAAUAAUAAUAAUAAUAAUAAUAAUAAUAAUAAUAAUAAUAAUAAUAAUAAUAAUAAUACAUCACACAGUCCUAGACACUUGGGAAGUGUUUGACUUGUGAUUUUGUGAUACGAAAUCCAGCAUAUCUACCUUGUUUGCUGUGCCAUAUAAUAAUAAUAAUAAUUAUAAUAAUAAUAAUAACAACAACAACAACACUUUAUUAUUGUAUCCCGCCCUGUUACCGGCUGUCUCGAGAGAACGUUUCAAGCCAUCACAUCCUGAGCAAACUUCGAAAUCCUAGUUCGACUUUCUUUUUCAGGAGGUUUUGGAUUUUGAUACCACGAAGGCCUGAUUCUGGUUCGAAUCUUUUUCUAGCCUGGGUUUUUUGGUGCCACUUUUGCAUGUUUCUGCACAUAUGGGCCUUGCUGUACAUGUGUUUAUGCGUGUGGCUUUGACUUCCCUGUGUUCUAGUCUUUUCCUCAUUUUGGACAAACGAUUCCAGUAGAUACAUACUCAUAAGUCUUGAUCUCUGUAGAAUUGACAAGAAAACUUGGCUAGGUUGGGUUGCUGUGUGUUUUCCAUGUUCCAGAAGCAUUCUCUCCUGAUGUUUCUCCCACAUCUAUGGCAGGCUUCCUCAGAGGUAGUGAGGUCUGUUGGAAAACAAAGCAAGGGAGUGUGUUGCCGAAGGCUUUUGUGGCCAGAAUCAUAGGGUUGCUGUGAGUUUUCCGGGCUGUACGGCUAUGUCCCUGAAGCAUUCUCUCCUGACGUUUCGCCCACAUCUGUGGCAGGCAUCCUCAGAGGUAGUGAGGUCUGUUGGAAAACAAAGCAAGGGAGUGUGUUGCAGAAGGCUUUCGUGGCCGGAAUCACAGGGUUGUUGUGAGUUUUCUGGGUGUUCUGGCCAUGUUUCAGAAGCAUUCUCUCCUGAUGUUUCUCCCACAUCUAUGGCAGGCUUCCUCAGAGGUUGUGAGGUCUGUUGGAAACUAGGCAAGUGAGGUUUAUAUAUCCGUGGAACCUCGCAAGCUCCAAGGAUGCCUGCCAUAGUUUCCAACAGAGCUCACAACCUCUAAGGAUGCCUGCCAUAGAUGUGGGAGAAACGUCAGGAGAGAAUGCUUUUGGAGCAUGGGAGGAUGCCUGCCAUAGAUGUGGGAGAAACGUCAGGAGAUAAUGCUUUUGGAGCGUGGGAGGAUGCCAGCCAUAGAUGUGGGCGAAACGUCAGGAGAGAAUGCUUUCGGAGUGUGGGAGGAUGCCUGCCAUAGAUGUGGGCGAAACGUCAGGAGAGAAUGCUUAUGGAGCAUGGGAGGAUGCCUGGCGUAGAUGUGGGCGAAACGUCAGGAGAGAAUGCUUUUGGAGCAUGGGAGGAUGCCUGGCGUAGAUGUGGGCGAAACAUCAGGAGAGAAUGCUUUCGGAGCAUGGGAGGAUGCCAGCCAUAGAUGUGGGCGAAACGUCAGGAGAGAAUGCUUUCGGAGUGUGGGAGGAUGCCUGCCAUAGAUGUGGGCGAAACGUCAGGAGAGAAUGCUUUCGGAGUGUGGGAGGAUGCCUGCCAUAGAUGUGGGCGAAACGUCAGGAGAGAAUGCUUUUGGAGCAUGGGAGGAUGCCUGGCGUAGAUGUGGGCGAAACGUCAGGAGAGAAUGCUUCUGGAACAUGGCCACACAGCCUGGAAAAUGCACAACAACCCAGUGAUUCUGGCUGUGAAAGCUUUUGACAACAUGUUAUUUUUAUUUGUCAUAACUUGCCUUCUCUUAACUGAUUCAAAUCAAAUGAACUUGUAAAAAAUCGGUGGCGAAAUGUUUGUCUGGAACGGAAACAAACGUCCAUUUCCGACGAGACGGAAGCACAAAUGUUCGACUUGUUUCUCCGUGCUGCUAGUCCAUAGUGCAUGUGAUAAAAAAAACUCUGUAAACUAGUUCACAAAGCCACUCGUUUUGAUCUCGGUUGCGUCGAUGCCAAUCUUUUUCUCUGCCUUGGGGACGCGAGAGCGCCAUUCCGUCCCCGACCGGACGCCGGAAAGAUCGGAUUCUUUCUUGUUUACAAGGUUGUGUAAAAAUGACUUUUUUUCGCCCCGUCUCCCGUCAACGUCUCCGAUGCGUCUGGAUUAACCGAAGCCAUAUCCCCGCUCCACCUUUUGUUUCCCUUCACCCUUUGUUUCCUGAUCUUGAUCAUGUUGAUGCCGUGGUUUGUGGCAGAUGUUUCCCAAGGUUCGGGAGCAUGUGGCAGCCUUCCGCCCCACUUUUUUUGUUUUUUACUGCCGCGUGCUGUUCCACUGAGUAACGAAAUUCCAAGCUACAAACACUGUGAUGAUUCUCCGACCCGUGCGCAUCGAGGGAACCAAACGUCGGGACACGUAAACUGCUUUUUAUGUUGUGUUGAAGUAGCGAGGAUUUUAUGCCGUUGGUGUAUUUGAAGACUUCCACGUGGGUUGAUGUUUGCUUGGAAUGUGAGUACCUUCAUCGGUUGUGAAUUUUACUGUACAUGGAUUUUUGUAUCUCCGAGAAACCCACUCCAAAAUUAUAUGUAUUACCGGUAUAACGAUAAACCUAUUUGCUUAAUGGUGUGCGUGUGUGUCUGAGCAGUUCUCGAACUCGGUGGGCUACGGACUGAAAUAAAUAUGAACCUUUACGUAA